GUAAGAGUUUGAGACAUUGACAACAUUGUUCAUUAUGGACGUGUAGAUUAACGCAACGUAAUUUUAGGAGGUUGAAUUAUUAACAAGUGAACAUGUAUGUUCAAUUUACGCACGAUCAUUAACUUUAGCGCUAAAUUGUAUUUUUAAUGACUGUCUGACGAUUUUUUUACGACUGGACAUUUGCAUUAAGACGAAACAUCAGGAGUUUUAACGUUUUGAACCUCGUCCUACUAGUUUUUUGCGCGUUCCUUACGGGAAUAUUUCGUGGAUUCGUUUAUUGUUGUUUUACGUUAGAUCAACAGCACUUAAAGGGCUUAUUUCACUUCUGCAACACAAUCCAUUGUUGAAGAAAGGAUGUCAUCGUCUGCAGAACCAUUUUCCUACAUCGAAAUGAGUCGGGUCAGCACGUCCGGCACAGACAUCAGUAAUGAUGAUCAUCUGCUGGAGGAGAUGGAACCAAACACUUUAUUACAGGAGGCCGAGUGGUACUGGGGAGACAUAUCACGAGAGCAAGUGAAUGAAAUACUCUUCGGCAUGCCGGAUGGUGCUUUCCUGGUCCGAAAUGCCUCCUCAAAGGUUCAGGGAGAAUAUACGUUAACAGUAAGGAAAAAUUCAUCCAACAAACUCAUUAGGAUCUAUCAUCUGGAUGGGAAGUAUGGAUUUUCUGAGCCUCUCACCUUCACCUCAGUGCCAGAGCUGAUAUCUUACUACAGGCACAGAACCUUAGCCCACUAUAACACUGCCCUGGAUGUCACGUUGGCUUAUCCAGUGUGCCACCAUAGUCCGGAUAAACCUGUGAAGGAUGAGUACUCUGAUGCUUCCAGAGAAAAACUACAGGAAUAUGUAAGGCUAUUUCAAAAAGCGACAGAGUAUGACCAUCUGUACGAUGCCUAUGCCACGCUGUUACAGGAAAUGCAAAGGAGAAAUGCUGUUGAGACAUUCAAUAUAUCAGACGUGUCAGAAGAACUGUGUCAUUCGGAAGAAGACUCAUGCAGGAUCUUUGAAGAGGGAAUCUACAGUGAUUCAAAUGAGUGUCCGUGUGAUGCGAAAGAGGAUCAAGAAAGGAGUGAAGAGCUGUUGGAAGAAGGAAGCUGGUUUGUGGGAGAUCUCAGUCGAAGUGAGGCAGAGGAGCUGCUUCACGGCAAACCGUCUGGAGCUUUCCUUAUCCGCAACAGCAGCUCAAAGGACUGCUAUGCCUGCUCUGUAAUGGUUGGCAACCAAGUGAGGCACUGUGUGAUUCGCCAGACCGAGCACGGCUACGGGUUUGUUGAACCGUUCGACCUGCACAAGUCUUUGAAGGACCUAGUUAUGCACUAUCAUCACACGUCAUUGGCACAGCACAAUCAGGCGCUGGACGUACGGCUUGUGUAUCCAGUCCACAUGUCUUCUGCUCCUGCCGUUCACAGCUGAGCAUGCUCACCCUGACUGCAGAGGACUUCUGGAUGAAGAUCACUAAGUGCACUAAGACUGAGGUAGACUUCGCCGUAGUUGGCACGUGGCUUUGCAUUACAAUGUGAACAACGAACUCUGUGCGAAGGAUGGAACCAGCUGUAAAGGCUGUUGAAUAUAUUGCACUUUCUAAAGGACGAAGCAUUCCACAUGGUCAUAAUGAUACACCAGUUCUUUGAACAAUAUUUGAUGAGCCCACUGUAGACAUGUUUACAACACUAACAAUAUAAACGACAGGAUUUGUAAGUGGCAGUUUUCGAGGGGCGGAAUGCAUUUAACUUUUCUAAGAUUCAAUCAUUAUUGAAAACAUUUAAAAUGUAUUAUGUGAAUGUAGCACAAUGAAGUGCAGUUAUUGCAUUGCAUUUAUUGAAAGGCAAACUUUAAAAUCUUGCAUUAUUUCUGAUUCAAGAUGCAGUAUGCGCAGUUCAGUUUUUUACAAAUACGCACCCAUGUAAGGAUUUUAAGUUGAUGCAGGGUAUAUAUUUGUUCCAGUUACUGUUUUCAAAACCUGUUUUUAACAGUACAGCUUGAAAGAAGAAAACUUGAAUUUCUGAAGCCCAGAAAGCAUCUGUUAGAAACAAUCAUAAGACCUAAUUGUUGCAUUUUGAAUUUAAGUUUGUGGCAUAUUUCGAAUGUUUACUAUUUUUACUAUGCUUUUUAGGAAAGCCAGGACAGUUGAGUUGUCAUAUGGGUUGAACUGCCUACUUUACAGACUUCACGAAUGCUUUGAGUUUAACAAACAAGUGAGUCUAUGGUAAAUGACACGAUGCCAAAACGCUCAUCCUUAAAAUGAGCAAACCUUUUUUUAAAUGAUUUUUAUUUUUUGCUACAAAGUUUAACCUUGCAUGCUUUAAGAAAAUAAAAAUAUUAAAAAUAAA